CAGUUACUAGAUGCCAUGCAAUUAUGAACACCCAAAGUUGGAACAUCCUCGAUCGGCCUUAUUGCAAUUCUAUAAAAGGUUUUCGUAAUGGGGUUUUUUUUGCUCAAAUUAGUUUGAAAGAAAGUGAUCGUAAGGAAGAAUAUGUGGAGGCUUAAGAUAGCAGAUGGUGGAAAGUGCCCUUAUAUCUUCACCACAAACAACUUUGUUGGAAGGCAGACAUGGGAGUUUGACCCUGAGGCUGGUACCCCAGAAGAGAGGGCUCAGGUUGAAAAGGCUCGUCAAAAUUUCUACAAGAACCGGUUUCACGUGAAACCUAGCAGUGAUCUCAUAUGGCGAAUGCAGUUUCUUAAGGAGAAAAACUUCAAACAAACAAUUCCCCCAGUAAAGGUUGAGGAUGGAGAGGAAAUCACAUAUGAAAAGGCCACAACUGCACUAAGAAGGGCCGUCCACUUCUUUUCUGCCUUGCAGGCCAGUGAUGGCCAUUGGCCUGCUGAAAAUUCUGGCAACUUGUAUUUCCUUCCCCCCUUGGUAAUGUGUUUGUACAUUACAGGGCAUCUUAAUAUUGUGUUCUCUGCAGAGUAUCAAAAUGAAAUCCUUCGAUACAUAUACUAUCAUCAGAAUGAAGAUGGUGGGUGGGGAUUACACAUAGAGGGCCAUAGUACCAUGUUUUGCACGGCUCUCAACUACAUUUGUAUGCGUAUACUUGGGGAAGGACCCGAUGGUGGUCAGGACAAUGCUUGUGCAAGAGCACGAAAGUGGAUCCUUGAUCAUGGUGGUGUAACACACAUACCUUCUUGGGGAAAGACUUGGCUUUCGAUACUUGGUGUGUUCGAGUGGAUUGGAACCAACCCAAUGCCUCCGGAAUUUUGGAUGCUUCCUUCAUUUCUUCCCAUUCAUCCAGCCAAAAUGUGGUGCUUUUGCCGCUUGGUGUACCUGCCCAUGUCAUACCUUUAUGGGAAAAGGUUUGUAGGCCCAAUCACACCUCUCAUUCUUCAAUUGAGAAAUGAACUCUACACUCAACCUUACAAUAAAGUUAACUGGAAGAAAGUACGUCAUCUAUGUGCAAAGGAGGAUCUCUACUAUCCUCAUCCUUUGAUACAAGAUCUACGUUGGGAUAGUCUAUACCUAUGCACUGAGCCUCUUCUCACUCGUUGGCCUUUUAACAAAUUGGUAAGAGAGAAAGCUCUUCAAGUAACAAUGAAGCACAUUCAUUAUGAAGAUGAGAAUAGUCGAUACAUCACAGUUGGAUGCGUGGAAAAGGUCCUAUUUAUGCUUGCUUGUUGGGUUGAAGAUCCAAAUGGAGAUUAUUUCAAGAAGCAUAUUGCCAGGAUCCCAGAUUUCAUAUGGGUCGGUGAAGAUGGAAUGAAGAUGCAGGGUUGUGGAAGUCAACUAUGGGAUACCGGUUUCGCUAUUCAAGCUUUACUUGCUAGUAAUCUCACUGAUGAAAUUGGACCUACACUUGCGAGAGGGCAUGACUUCUUCAAGAAAUCUCAGGUCAAGGACAACCCUUCUGGAGACUUUAAAAGCAUGUACCGUCACAUUUCAAAAGGAUCAUGGACUUUUUCUGAUCAAGACCAGGGAUGGCAAGUUUCUGAUUGCACUGCAGAAGCUUUGAAGUGUUGCAUGCUUUUAUCUACAAAGCCACCGGAGAUUGUUGGUGACAAAAUGGAACCCGAGCAAUUUUAUGAUUCUAUAAAUGUGAUACUUUCUCUACAGAGUAAAAAUGGUGGUUUAUCUGCGUGGGAACCAGCAGGAGCCCAAAAAUGGUUGGAAGUGCUUAAUCCCACAGAAUUAUUCUCUGACAUUGUCGUUGAGCAUGAGUACGUUGAGUGCACUGCAUCAGCAAUCCAAGCUUUAGUUUUGUUUAAGAAGUUAUACCCCGAGCACCGUAAGGAAGAGAUCGAAAAUUUCAUAAAAAAUGCUACUCAAUUCCUUCAAGAUAUACAAAUGCCUGAUGGUUCAUGGUAUGGAAAUUGGGGAAUUUGCUUCAUAUAUGGUACAUGGUUUGGACUUGGAGGAUUGGCUGCAGCUGACAAGACUUACAACAAUUGUCCAGCUAUGCGCAGAGCUGUUGAUUUUCUACUCACAACACAAAAAGAUGAUGGUGGUUGGGGAGAGAGCUAUCUCUCAUGCCCAACCAAGGAAUAUGUACCUCUUGAAGGAAACCGAUCAAAUUUGGUACAAACUGCAUGGGCAAUGAUGGGUCUCAUUCAUGCUGGACAGGCUGAAAUAGACCCGACACCUCUUCAUCGUGCAGCAAAGCUGAUAAUUAAUUCUCAACUGGAGGAUGGCGAUUUUCCUCAACAGGAAAUACUUGGAGUCUACUUAAAGAAUUGUAUGUUUCACUAUGCAGCAUACAGAUAUAUUCACCCAUUGUGGGCUCUUGCAGAAUACUGCAAUCGUGUCCCAUUGCCAUCCAAAAAAAAAUUGAAUCAAUUAGUGAACUAUAUAUAUAUAUAGCUCAACCAGCUGCCAAUUAUUAAUUCUCUUACUUUCUCUUUAGCAGCUGUUGAUGUGUGUAAUAAGUGUCUAAACACAAAGCCACCAAAGAUAGAUGGGAUUAAGGAAUAUUAUACAAUGUUGUACCAGUAUGUAAGAAAUUCCCUAAUUAUAUUAAAGUGUGACCCAUAUAUAUGCA